AUGAAAAAGCUCGAAUCCGAUGAGAUAGAGCUGAGAAAGAAGCUGAUAGAGAAAGAGAUGGAGCUGCAGUAUGUAACGUGGAAGAACGAGCGUCUCACGAGCGGAAUGGAGUUAGAGAAGAUGGAGUGUGAUCAGUGGAAGAAAGCUGAAGAAGCCGCAGCUUCUAUGCUCUCUGACUCUGGUGGUGACACCAGCAAUAACUGUGAAGGAAAGUACGUGGAGAAUACGAUGGAGCUGCAGAGUGUAAUGCGGCAGAACGAGAGUCUCAGGAGCGAAAUAGAGAAGAUGAAGAGCGAAAAGAAAAAUUGA